CGAAUGCGAUUGGAGUGUGAGAAAUCGUGGCGAGAAAUGCGGGCAGCCCUUUUCCCAUUGUUUGCUGUGAAACCCGGAGCGAGAGUGGAAAUGUGAAAACGGGAAAUUCGCAUUUGUCAGAGAAAUAAGCACUUUCCUGUCACGCGGUCAGAAACACAAGGAAUAAUUUCCCACGUUUGGUGGGGGUUUCCGCUGUGUUAGAGAGAGAGAGAGAGAGAGAAGAAUUUGCAUCUUUGGUAUUAUUGAGUGGGAGGGGAGUUUCUGCUUGCGAGGGGUGGAAUCUUGUGGGGGUUCCACCUGCUUUCUGGUUUUGACCUCUCCUUCCCCGUGCAAGGACAAGAGCUAGAGAGAGAGCUUGGUAUUGUUAAUGACAUGUUGAGAUAUUUUAAAUAUAGUUGGUAAGAGAGGGAGAGAUAUUCUGGUUUGGGAAUUGUUUUAUUUGUCUUCUCUACAGAGAGAUUGGAAUUAUCCUGUGUUGACUCCUUUUCCUGUGUAGAGUGAGAGAGAGAAAGGUCUAGAGGUUUCUUCUGGUGGAUUUUGGUCCAUUCACCUAUAUUAGGUGGAGAGAUAGAGAGGGUCUGUAAUUUAUUGAAUUUCCUUGUGUUUCUCUCUCUCUGUGUUUUAGAGAGAGAAAGAGAGAGAGAGUUGUAUAGGUGCUUUGUGUUGAUAGAGGAUGGAGAGGGUGAUAGGAUUGCUGAGGGUUCGAGUAAUCAAGGGCGUCAAUUUGGCCGUCAGAGACAUCCGGAGCAGCGAUCCUUACGUUGUUCUCACCAUGGGAAAACAGAAACUAAAGACUCGAGUGAUUGAGAAGAAUGUCAAUCCCGUGUGGAAUGAAGAGUUGACAUUUUCAAUUAGUCAUCCUAUUUUACCUGUAAAGCUUAAUGUGUACGACAAGGACAUAUUCAGCAGGGAUGACAAGAUGGGGGAUGCCGAGUUUGAAAUUGAGUCCUUUAUGGAGUCUGUAAGGCUCAAUUUAGAGGGUGUCCGAAGUGGUACAGUUAUCAGAAAGGUGGCACCGUGCAGACAAAACUGCUUGGCCGAAGAGAGCUUAAUUCGGUGGGUAGAUGGGAAAGUCAUUCAGGACCUUUGCCUCAGGCUACGUAAUGUGGAGUGCGGUGAAGUGGAACUGCAACUUGAGUGGAUCAAUGUCUCUCGUUCUAUGGGUAUUUAGAUGUGACUUCAGGUUCGUGAGGAUUCUGGUUUGAAUUUGCUGCCGAGAAAGUCUCCAUGUUUGAAUGCAUGAAGCACAUAUGCACUAGUUGUGACAUAGUGAGAUAAAUUAUGAAAGACUGUCGGCCUUUGCCUGUGAUUAUUGCUAGUUUCUAUGAAACGAUGGUUGGUUUUAUACCAUAUGAUUGCUCUGAUACUUAAAAUUAAUUGAUAUACUCAAAACUAGGUGAUGCAUCCAUUUUGGGUGCAUUAAAAAAUGUAAAUCAUGAAAACCUUUGUUUUA